GCCAGGAGCCGCUGUUUCUCACUACGUGCCGUUAAACGGAUAAGUGAAGAGGAAACAGGAAGACAGAAACGAGGCGGUUCAUGAUUCACUUUUAGCUGAAGAAAUAAUUCACAGCUGCAGGAGCGAGGAAGAGAAAAUCCUCCAGCACUGCAGCGGACAUUCUUCCCUGAGAAGGCCGCGAGUGGAGCGCUGUGUGCCGGCGUGAGGACGAGACUCGGUCCGGUGAAGCUCCGGAGGUUUGAAUUCAGUGACGGAAAGGGAGAUGGAGAGAACAGUUUGAACAGUUUUCAUUCAGCGAAGUAAAAACAAAUCUCAAAUUAAGACAAAAAAAACCUGCACGUAACAAUGGUGGACAAGCGGUUUAGUUUUUCAGCCAACCGGCGCAUCAUCGCUGGCCUGCUGGUCAACCUCUUCUCCUCCAUCUGCAUCGUCUUCCUCAACAAGUGGAUCUACGUCCACUACGGUUUCCCCAACAUGACCCUGACCCUGGUCCACUUUGUGGUCACCUGGUUCGGACUCUUCAUCUGCCAGAAGAUGGACAUUUUCUGCCCCAAAAGCCUGCCGGUCCGCAGGAUAGUGUGGCUGGCUCUGAGCUUCUGCGGCUUUGUGGUCUUCACCAAUCUCUCGCUCCAGAACAACUCGAUAGGAACGUACCAGCUGGCGAAGGCCAUGACCACGCCCGUCAUCAUCCUCAUCCAGACCACGUACUACAGGAAGACCUUCUCCACAAAGAUCAAACUGACUCUGGUGCCCAUCACGUUAGGUGUGAUACUGAACUCGUAUUACGAUGUUCGGUUCAACCUGCUUGGGACGGUGUUUGCGACCUUGGGCGUUCUGGUGACGUCGCUUUACCAAGUCUGGGUGGGGGCCAAACAACACGAACUCCAGGUGAACUCGAUGCAGCUUCUGUACUAUCAGGCUCCUCUGUCCUCAGGCUUCCUGCUCUGUAUCGUCCCUCUGUUUGAGCCACUGAGUGGAGACGGAGGAAUAUUUGCACCCUGGUCCAUUACUGCUCUGAUGGCCGUGUUUUUCUCAGGUGUGGUGGCGUUCCUGGUCAACUUGUCCAUCUACUGGAUCAUCGGAAACACCUCAGCUGUUACCUACAACAUGUUUGGUCAUUUUAAAUUCUGCAUCACUCUGGUUGGAGGUUACCUGCUCUUCCAUGACCCGCUGUCACUCAACCAGGCUCUGGGAAUCCUCUGCACUCUGUCUGGGAUUCUCCUCUACACUCACUUCAAACUGGUUGAACAGGACGAGGGAAAAAGUCGCCUGGCUCAGAAGCCGUAGAUCGACUCACGCGCACCUGUCAAUCAAGUGCACGGACUCCUGCCAUUGGCUGUUCACAGUGUGAAUGACUGGCAGCAGCACACGCCCAUUUUAUACACACAUGCACAUAGAUAUAUAUAUAUAUAUAUAAAAGUAUGUGUAUAAUUUUACAAUGAGUAUUUUUACAGAAGAGUUCAGAGAAGUGUUAAAAAUGUUGCAUCACAAGUUUGUUUUCUUACAAACUUACGAAAAUUAGUUAUUUGAACUUCAUUUUCCCAGAAUGCACUGCUGCUGCUGUCGUCAGGAGACGACGAUGACGAGGUUAAACGACUGAAACAUGCGUCAUCGAUUAAAGCGUCAAACUCAGGCUGAACAAGAUCAGAGAAAAUAGAUCAUUACCAUUUCAUUUACGACAUAUAUAUAUAGAUAUAUAUAUAUAUAUGUAUGUAUAUAUUAAAAUGUGUACUUAUACACAUAUAUAUAUAUAUAUAUAUAUAUUUAUAUAUAUAUACAAUAGUUUUUCAGUCCAGCUUCAGUGUAGUGUUAAUAUUACUGUGUUAUAGAUUAAAGAUCAAAAGGACGCAGGUUAAAGUCGUCGCUGCUAUUGCCAUGGAAACUAUAUAACAAUAAUUGUUUUUCAUGAGUUAAUUUAGUCGUUAUUUUUUCAGCUGAAUAUUUCUUCUGUGGACACAGAAUAUUUUUGUUAAAUCAUCGCUGAACGUUCACAGUCUCUGUUUCUCUCAGUAUUUAAUCAUCGUUUUUAUUUUCGAAAGAUGAAAAAGUCGUAGAUUUCAAUGAUUUUUGUUUUGUUUUUUACAUGAUUUCUUUUUGUAAAAUAUUUCACAUUAAAAACCUUCAGUUGUGAUCAUGACUGAGGUCAAAGUUCGGUACGAAGACAAUUAAAAAUCCAAACUGA